CUCCUCACUAACGCCGAGAGGCAGCGACGACACUUGUCUGAGUCGGAUCCGGUGCUAUAUGUUGUAGUUUGUUGGUUGUUGUGGAAGAAUAGGAACUCUCACGUGUUUGAAAAUAAGUUGGGUGAGGUCCAAGCUAUCCACCGUAAUGCAAUGAGGCUGAGUCGUCAAAUGGAGGAAUCCUUCGAGAAAGUACAGGCCCCUCUCGGCAAGGAGCAGAACAAGAUGUACAAGUGGGUCGGGUAG